UGCAUUUGUGAGAUAUUAGUUAAUGGAAAGUGAAAACAUAAAAAUAUUUUCGAGCAUUACGCGUCACCGUGAACGCAUCCUGCAUAUGAUCGAGAUCAUCCUUCCUCCCCUUGUUUAAAAUCAUCUUACGAAAAUGGUACACGCGCAAAGAGAUUUCGUGGAGCUCGACUUAACAGGAAACAUGUUAGGUAGCGUCCAAUUAUAUUACACCCCGAUUCUCGUCUAUUUUGGAUCACUGGAAAAUUGCCUUUCGGUAAUCGUGUUUUUUGGAACGAAACUCUGUCAAUAUUCUUCGAGCAUUUACCUCGGUACAUUAGCCAUAAGCGAUACUGGUUUUCUGGUAUCUGUUUUUGUGGUUUGGCUGAAUAUGGUAGAAGUUGGUCUGUUCAAUAAGCCGGGUUUCUGCCAAUUUUUCAUCUACUUAACGACCCUCUGCAGCUUCAUGAGCGUUUGGCUCAUGGUGGCAUUCACCAUCGAGAGAUUUAUUGCCGUGCAAUAUCCACUAUGUUGCCAGUCAAUGUGUACAGUGGCCAGAGCAAAAUUAACGGUUGCUGUAUUGAUCAUAUUGGGACUUAUAUUGUGCAGUCCGGUUUUCGUUUUAUGGUUUUCAGCGCCGCGAUUACAGUCCAAUAAAAAGGGAAAUGUAACUGAGUGCCAUUUGGCAGAAGGACUGGAGUCUUGGGCGAUUGUUUACAACGUGAUUGACACGGUAUUCACGUUUGCGAUACCGUUCACGGUGAUCAUUAUCCUGAAUGUGUUGAUUGCACGAGCUAUUUAUAGAUAUAUUAAAAUUAGGAAAUCUCUAACUAAUGAACCGCGUAUCAUGAAAGAGAGACAAUCAUAUGCCCAAAGUUUCCGUCACAAUUUCGCGCAGACUAAGAUCACUAAGAUGUUGCUGGUUGUUUCUAGUGUUUUUCUUUGUUUUAAUCUACCUGCGUACGUUUUAAGAAUUCAUGCUUUCUUACAUGAAGAAAACAACGCACCUAGAUCAGUGGAACUGACGCAACAAGUUUGUAAUCUGUUAUUUAAUACCAACUUUGGAAUCAAUUUUAUUUUGUAUUGCGCAACGGGACAAAAUUUUCGUAGAGCAAUACGAUGCAUGUUUUUAAGACGCUUUCGCAACAGAAGUGUAACUAUAAUCACGUGAAAGAUCAAGGAAAGCAAAAUA